AGGGAUUAUGGAAUUUAAGAAAAAUUGAUAGGCCAGCGACACCAACGCGAUCCACGUAGUGAACACCCAUGAGAAAUGUAAACGUUCAGAUGUACGAGUGUAUACUGUAUAGGCCUUGAAUUUCCCUCCACCUUUACCUAAUGAAAGUAGCAGUGAGUAGACCCACACUAUGGCGAAGACGUGUUGUUACUUACAGUGUCUAUAAACAUGAGUGAACGUUCUAAAUGAGUGACAAACACGAGCAAAAUGCCCAGAAAACUCCUAAAAUUCCUCAUCUUAUUCGAUAACACGUCGUUACUCUACUUUCCGGGACAGUUUCUGUCUGGCAGGGUCCUAAUCGAACUACAGGAUGAGACACCUGCACUUGGUCUACAUUUUCACGUCGUUGGAGAAGGAGUGGUUAGAGUACGUACCACUCGACAGGAAAGGGUAUACGAUAGGGAAAACUACAUAGAUUUUCGAAUGAGGCUAUUAGGAGAACCAGGUCAAGGUCCAUCAAUUUUAUCCCCAGGUAUCCACAGUUUUCCUUUCAAACUCGGGUUACCUCUAGGUCUCCCAUCAACUUUCUUGGGAAAGCAUGGUUGGGUCCAAUAUUUCUGCAAGACUGCCCUUAGAGAACCAAACGGUCUUACACAUAAAAACCAACAAGUUUUUAUUGUCAUGAACCCAAUAGACUUGAAUUUAGAGCCAGCAAUACUAGGGAACAUUUCGAGUCAGGAAACCUUCAGAUGCGAGGUUGAACAUAAAUUUGGAGUCAGUUGUGUCGGUUCCGGGGCAGUACUAUGUAAAGUUACCUUAGACAGGGGAGGAUAUGUUCCAGGAGAAAGUAUAGGUGUUUCAGCUAGUAUCACUAACAGAAGUAGAGUUACCAUAAAAAGUACGAGAGCAGCUUUAACGGAAAGCAUAACAUAUAUGGCCAGAGGAAAAGUGGUACAAUCUGAAAAGCGGGAGCUUGCGUCACUGUCUAGAGGUAAAAUAAGACCUGGAGAGAAAGACGAGUGGGUCAAUGAGCAGCUAUAUAUCCCUCCUUUACCCCCAACCAACCUCAUGGGUUGUCAUCUCAUCAAAAUAAAUUAUGAUGUUUUUUUUGUUGUUGAACCGAAGAGUUUGCAGAAGGAAGUCAAGUUGCAGUUACCCAUCAUGAUGGCAACUUAUCCCUUGCGUUCAGAAGAAGAGGAGGGUGGAUAUAAAUCUGGAACACAUUACCCGUCGACUUUACCAAUUUUCAGGCCUUGGCUUGAAGAUAAGCCUGCUCAAGAUUAGGUUUAUGUGCAGGAGCAGCCUUCGCCAAAACUUGCGUUUUUUUUAUAUUUCAAUAUUCAUCACACAAUCAAAUAGCUGAUAAAUUCGUUUUUCUUUCUCUCCAUUAUUUGAUGGCCCGAAAAUAUAGGAUUUAGUAUAUACUCAUCAAAAAUUAUCGACAUAAUUUGAAAUUGUAGAAUUAUGUUCCGAUGACUAAUUAUUUCGUAUUUCGAUAUUCAAUAACAUUAUUGUAUUUAAUCUAUUAUAGAUUCGCUAUUCUUAAUGACAGAAAAGACAGUUUUUUGAUAUUUGUCCCGUUCUAGGUAAUAUAGGUAGGUAUAUAGAUAGUCAGAUGCAAUUGCAAUGAACAUGUCCACAUAUGGGUGGUGAUGACACCAGUAGUGAUCACUUCUGGAAAAGACCUAAGACCAUCCAACCGCUACAUUUUCUUUGAAUCUGACUGUACCUAUAUACCUACAUACGACUAUUGUGAAAAAAAUGCGAAAAAUGGUUGAUGGAAGAAUUAAUAUGGUGCUAUAAAGUACCGUGAUAUUUUUAUAAAAAUGCCAUAUUCAACAUGAUGAAUUAAUUUUAUUGUAAAUAAUACCUACCUAAAUAGCAUUUGUUCAUGAAGAAGCGAAUGAGUAGAAAGUGUUAAUUUACCGUCUAUUAAAUGAAUAAAAUUUUCAAUAAU